CAGGACAGCCAAUACCUGCCAACCUCUGAAUAAUAAGUUCUCUCAUACCAACCUUAGUCAUAUCAUAGGCACAAUAGGAGAGUGACUGACACACAUGUAUUGAAAAUGUGAGAUAGCACUAUCACAUUUAAAGCAUAGAUAACACUACACAAUACAUAGCAAGACCUUAGUUUCCUUUUUUGUGCAGGAACACACACAGUCAAUUUUGUGGCUUAGUUGUUAGAUAAGCAGUCUCUGUGGAAGUAAUUCCAAACUUUGUCAUCCUUUCUGGACAACAGAAGUGCGUUAUUCAGGAAAAGAAAUUCAAUCAAGAUGCAUACAGCAGAUCUUAAUGCAGGGAUGCGAUGUAUUAAGUAUCUUCUAUUUUCUUUUAAUCUACUUUUUGUGAUAACUGGAAUAUUAAUAAGUGGUGUUGGUGCCACCAUUAAAGCUAUCUACAACAAUUUUGACACCCUCUUGGAAGACAGAUUUUACUCUCCAGCAACACUGCUCAUUGCCAUAGGAAGCAUUGUGUUUCUAGUAGCAGCCUUUGGAUGUUAUGGAGCUGUUCGAGAGAGCACAUGCAUGAUAAUGAUGUUUGCAGUGUUACUUGCAAUUGUAUUUCUGUUGGAACUCUCUGCUGGUCUUGCUGGCUACAUAUUGCAAGAUGGAUUGAAAGAGUACCUUGUGAGCAGACUAAAUGUUUCAAUGGAACAUUAUAACACAGAUUCUGAAAUUGCUGGCACUAUUGACUUCAUGCAGGAGAGGUUGCAAUGUUGUGGACUGGAAAGUUACCAUGAUUGGGAAGGAAGACUGGAAAAUGGAACACAAGGCACAGUAUCACCUGAUGGAAACAUCACUGUGCCCACCUCCUGCUGCCUGCAGUCAUGUGAAUAUAUAGCUGGCAAUGGCUGCAUAAACAGACUAUUAUAUGUUGUGGGUCAGAGUGCAGUCAUGCUGGCAAGUACAGCCAUUUCCAUAGCACUGUUACAGCUACUGGGUGUAAUGUUCGCUUGUUCUCUGGGUCGAUCUAUUAGGCACCAGAAAACGGAACGUGAGCGUCUACGAUGGGAGCUGAGAGAAAGUCUACUUAGAAAAGAUUCAUUUUAUGGUGACAGAAAGCAUUCAUCAUCUGCAUAAUGAAGUAAUAAAAUGCUAAUUCAAGAAGCACAUCAAAAACACAACAGCAUAUACUUUCAGUAAUCAGGAUAUUGCACAACAUAGCUUGACUUACAAACAGCACAUUAAAGAACCAUAUCAUUACAUGAUUUCAUGAAGUGUGAUCAUCUUAUGGCUUCCCAUAUGCCAUUAGGUUGGCCAGGAUUCCACCAACUACUCCUCCUGUCCAGUUGGGUCAAGGAAAUACACACUAUUAGCAGAACUAACAAGUCUACAGCCUAACAAAUUGCAAAUAAAACUUAUCCAGAUUAAAGCAGAUGCAGGGAUUUCCCUUUGUUAUCAUAUACAUGCUCCUGGUACCUCUAUAAAAAGUUUACAUUCAUUCAAUGAAGUUCAUUAUUGAAAACAGAAUAAACUUGAAACCCUCAUAUCCUGUACAAGGUAUCUGCAGAAUAUGCAAACCCCAAUCUAAAAUAACAUCCCUUUUCUAAGAAUUUUCUCUUAUGUUACCAUUUCUCUCCUUUCAGGUACUCACUCAAUCCAACAUAUUCACAUACAGAUGAACAUUAGCAUCGUGUUUUAUAAAUCACUUCCCAAUCAUGCAACUGUUAAAAGGCUACACAACACAACAUACUUUUAAACAUAUACACAAGUGUGCACACCCAGAACACAUAUGCAUAUAUGUAUAUAUGUAGUAUAUACAUACUAUGCAUACACAGACACAGAUUUGUGAGGAAUACAAAACAUUCAUCCAAGUUUUCAUUGCAGAGGAAUACAGGCACCCAAAACAAAUCAUGACUAUCAUCCAACAGUGAGAACACUAUUUUAUAGCACUACACUUUCCAAAGUGUGACCUGUAACACAGGUCACCUGUAAUGAUUAUCUUAGUGAUAUGUUUCAAGUGUCCAUUUCUUAACAUGAACAAGAUGUUGAAUAAAACAUGAGAAAUCCAAGGAUAAGGUGGAGAGGACAACUGUAGUCUGUAUACUGAAAUAUUUGACCACCCAUAUAUUUUGUAAAGUGUUGUGUAUAAUAACUAUACAUACAGAGAAACUAUUUCAAUGGAGUAUAAAGUAUUUUAAACCUUAUCUCCUACUUUAAGAGGCAUGAUACAUGCCCUACCAACCAUACUAAAAUGACAACAAGAUUAAAGUUAUUUGGAUGUUCAACCAGUGUUGGGCAACCUGUGUUCUAAGAGCCCUCAUAAAGUGCAACAUAGUCUAAUUUCUUGAACAAAAACUAAAAAUAUUACUUUUCACAACUGUCACAUUAUUGAGAAUCUGGUGGCAAAGGAGUGCUGCCACUUAGUGUUUUAUAUUGAUACAACUGCAUUUUGUCAACUUCAAACUCAGUGUAAGAAUGUAAUCAUUAAAAUAUGAAUGUUAUUAUCACUGA